AGCAGCCAUAUUGGUAGACAUCAGCGAGCAGCGAGCAUCCGCCUACAGUGAGUCGGCUACGGGGUCCUCGUGUCGCCGAAUCUCUUAGCGGCCCCCACAUCGUGUCGCUUUGUGUGAGAGUGUGCACCUCUAGUCGUUCUCCUCAUCGUUCAGUCUCUGCUGAGUUAUCGUCGGAUCGUAUUAGUGUGUUUGUAGCUCGACGAGGAGACAGCGAUUCGGCCUCCUCACAGCAGCGGAUUCCCUCGUGUAUGUGGUGUGCGGCGAGUUAUUUAACUACGGCGAACUGAAGAUCCCAGCCCGAGCGUGAAAUACCGACAGGUAACAGUAUUCAUCGGUGUGUGAAAGCUAAUCGCUAGCGUUGUGACUGCAGUGCUGUUAUACGCCGAGCGGUUGUUCGCCGUUGAAUAGCAAACGUUCGCUGUUGUGCUUUGAAACCCCGUGGACGGACGGACGGACGGACUUCUGUGUCACCACCCGCUUAACCGGCAUCCCAGCGUUGAUUGUUUUGCAGUUCCCUAACACGUACAACUAACGAAAUCAGCUUACGAUGUCUUGGCAACAGUACGUUGACAACCAGAUCUGCGCCUUCGUGCAGGCCAAGUCGGCAGCGAUCGCUGGUCUCAAUGACGGCUCGAUUUGGGCCAAAUUUGAAUUGGCGCCGAAUAAUGCGAUCACGUCAGCCGAGAUGAAGACCAUUGCCGAGAACAUGCGUACGAAGCCGCAAAAGUUUCAGGAGACGGGCAUACAUCUUGGUGGUGAGAAAUACGUCUGCCUGAAUGCCGAGGAGAAGCUUGUGCGCGGUCGUAAGGGGACCUCGGCCAUGUGCAUCGUGGCAACUAAUACCUGUCUGCUCGUCGUUUCGACCGUCGAUGGUUUUCCGGCUGGCCAACUCAACACCGUUGUCGAGAAGCUCGCCGAUUAUCUCCGUCAGAGCAACUACUAACAAGAUACCACUGUAACUUCCAACACGAAACGGAGCGAGAGAGAGAGAUUACCGAAUUCCCCAUACACUAUAAAAAAUGACAACAUCGACCUACAACAAUACUAAAGUAAAAAAGACUUACCUAUACACAAUCAUAAUUAUAAUAAUUAUAAUUAUAGUAUAUAAUGGCGACACACAACAGGGGUGUAACAAGCUUCUUCAAACUACUGCGUUCUUGCCUCCAUCCGAGCUGUUAUCCCCUACUAAGAACACGAGAACGACAUUGUGUCGUAGUUGAGAGCUGGGAAGACGUGAACCAACCACUACUACAAGCAGAUUUGUUCAGUAUCUAACGUCCACGAGAGACGGCUGUCUCUCUACGACUAGUGAGCCUCCACUUUCUCUUAGAUUCCUUUAAUAUCUCCCACGCCUUGCAUCCCCACAGAGCCCCACCUCUCGAAUGGCCGUUCUUAUAGGAUCAGUUUCAAUAAUCGUUUCGGAUGUACAGUAAGUACAUCUAUAAAAGGAAAGAAAAAGCGAGAGAGCAAUCCUGAUUAAACUAUUUACAUGACAACAGAUAAUGAAACGCAUUUUGUUCUAAUUCAUAAUAAAAUACUUGUUAACUAUCAAUGGUAAUCGGCUAUAUUUUGCCCCGCUCCCCAUUUUCCCCACUCACUUUUGCGCCCAGCCACUCCCUUCUAGAGACGCCACCAUCAGCUACACCAUAUCCCUAUUCCAUCUGCAAUUGCCGUAUAGGCUCCUAACUGCUCUGAGUCAUAUUUAUACAUA